UGCUACCUGUCAGUGUCCAUCAAUGCCACCUGCCAGUGCCACAUAUCAGUGCUCAUCUGAGCUGCCUUUCAGUGUCACCUAUCAGUACCAGCCAGUGCCACCUAUCAAUGCCAGCCAGUGCCACCUAUCAGUGCUGCCAAUCAGUGCCAACUAUCAGUGUGCAUUAGUGCCGCCUAUUAGUGCCCAUCAGUGCUGCCUAUCAGUGCCACCUAACAGUGCCAGUCAGUGCCUCCUAUCAGUGCCAGUCAGUACCGCCUAUCAGUGCCAUAUAGGAGUGCUACCUUUCAGUGCCCAUCAGUGAUGCCUGUCAAUGCCCAUCAGUGCCACUUACCAGUGCCUCCUCAUCUGUGCCAAUCAGUGCCCAUCACUGCCACCUAUCAGUGCCCAUCACUGCAGCCUCAUUAGCGCAUAUCAGUGA